AUGGCGGACCAACAAUUAGAACUGGCCAAACGGACGAGCACCAAAGGCAAAGUGCCUACUGGCUAUGCCGACGAAAUCAUUAUCAGCGAAACCGCCUUCCGCAACGCGCAUCGAGCAGUCGAAGCAAACCACGAGCCGCCGACCAAGAAGCGCAAAAGAGAGGGGAAGGGCGACAGCAGUGUCGUCUACGGUGCAAGCGCAUAUAAAGGGCCAUGGGCGCGCUACGAAGUAGAAAGACCCGACGACAGCUCAGGCAGUGAAGAGGAGGUUGAGGUCGAAUACGAGGAGGAUGAGAUUGCGCCGCAGCCUACCGCGCCCUCAAAGGCUGGUACCGCAUACCAAGAGUCGGAUGGAUCGAAGGAGACGACCGAGUUCCAUGGAAGCCAGCAAUACGAUUACCAGGGCAGGACGUACAUGCACGUACCGCAAGACUUGGAUGUGGAUCUACGAGGCGACUUGCCAGACGACUACAAGAACUACGCGCCCAAGAAGCUGCUGCAUACCUGGAAGUCGCAUACCAAGGCUAUCACCCAAUUGCGCUUCUUCCCCGAUGCUGGACACUUGUUGCUCUCGGCUUCUGCGGACAGCAAAGUCAAGAUUUGGGAUGUUUACCACCAGCGCGAGUUGCUGCGUACCUACUCUGGUCACACAAAGUCUGUCUCGGAUAUCUGCUUCAAUUACGAUGGUUCUCGCUUCAUGACUGGCUCGUUCGACAGACAGAUGAAGCUUUGGGAUACAGAAACCGGUGCAUGCAUCAGCCGCUUCAGCACUGGUGCCACACCCCACGUCGUUCGCUUCCAGCCAGACCAGAACUCAGCCACCGAGUUUCUAGCCGGUAUGAGCGACAAGAAGAUCGUCCAAUUCGACACAAGGACGCCUGGCGAGUCGCCAAUCCAGGAAUACGACCACCACUUGGGUCCAGUCAACACAAUUACCUUCUGCGACGAAAACCGUCGCUUCAUCACCACCUCCGACGACAAAUCCCUCCGCGCCUGGGAAUACGGUAUCCCCGUACCCAUCAAAUUCGUUGCCGAACCCUACAUGUUCCCCAUGGUCCGCUCCUCCCCUCACCCUUCUGGCAAAUAUGUCGCCUUCCAGAGCAGCGACAACCAAAUCGUCGUCUACGCAUCUACCGAGCGCUUCCGCCAAAACAGAAAGAAAAGUUAUCGUGGACACAACAAUGCUGGGUAUGCUAUCGAUGUGGCCAUCAGUCCUGAUGGAGGUAUGGUCAUGUCGGGAGAUAGUGGUGGUUAUGUGUGUUUCUAUGAUUGGAAGACUUGCAAGAUGUGGCACAAGAUCAAGGCUAGUGAGUCUGCGGUCGUUGCCGCGCAGUGGCAGCCCAAAGAGACGUCCAAGGUCGUCACGGGUGCUUUGGAUGGUCUGAUCAAGUACUGGGACUAA